AUGAAAGGAGAAGCUACCUAACCUAAAACUUAAACACAGGGAUCUGCAAUUAAGAAUGAUAAGCCCUUGAAAUAAGUGAAAUAAUAAAGCCCAUUGAAGCAUUAAGGUGAACCAGAAGUUGUGUGGCCAUUUUUUGCCCCCUAACCGGCACUGGUCAAUUAAACGAGAUUUUGGGAUCGCAAAAAUUGCAAGAAUGUUUAUCCUAGCAAAGACAAUCUCAGAUUUCAGGCUAUAAUGUUGAGGGUGGGGAAAAAGAAAAAGGUAACCAAGGGUUAUUUUUUCAAAUUAAGUAAGGAUGGGACACUUAGUUACUACAAAAAGGUUUCACAUUUAAAUAUAAUUAAGGAAUCUGAUAAAGUAGCAAAGGGAUAUUUAUAAAUAACUAUGGAUUAUGUGGCUCAUCUGUUGGAACAAAAAAGCAAAAAAGAUUCGUUACUUAUUGUUUAAAUCGAAAAGUAUUAAGGACUCUCAAUAUCAAUAUUUGAUGGAAAACCUCAAUUGACCCUUGAAUUCUUCAAUCAUCUCAAAGAUUAUUGCAUAGUUUCUGGAUUGGACAAACUCUAUACUUAGAUGGAACUCUUGGGCAAAGGAUCUUUCGCAUCAGUGUAUAAAGUAAAGAAUCUAUCCAACGACUAAAUGUAUGCAGCCAAGACAUACUUCAAGGAAACAUUUGAACAAUCUCAACAUAAAUCUAAAUUUGUGCUUAUGAUAAAAAACGAAAUCAUGGUUUUGCGUAAAGUUAUUCACCCUGGCAUAAUUCGAUUGUACGAUGUCAUCUAAGAGAAAGAGAAAUUGAUACUAAUCAUGGAGAUAGUCUCAGAUGGAGAUUUGUAUAGUCUCAUUAAGGAAAAGAAAAGAAUCCCUGAAAAGGAAGCUGCAGUCAUGUUAAAAGGUGUAUGUGAAGCAUUACACGAAAUGCAUAUAAAUGAAUUCGUACAUAGAGAUCUCAAAUUAGAAAACAUUAUGAUGAAAUCAAGAGAUCAAUACAUCAUUAAAUUAGUUGAUUUUGGAUUUGCAGAACCUAUUAAUCACAAGGAACUAGUAUCAAAGGCAGGAACUCCUGGUUAUAUACCUCCUGAAAUUUUCAAAUUAUUCCCAUAUAUUGAUAAGGGUGAUGUGUUUUCAGUUGGAGUCAUCUUUUAUUCAUUAAUAUCAGGCAUUUCCUGUUUUAAAGGAAAGAAUUAUUAAGCAGUUCUGGAAGAUAAUAGAAAAUGUGAAAUCAGUUUUUAGAAAUCAGUUUGGGAUAAUAUCAGCAGUGAAUGCAAACAUUUGUUAAAGAAAAUGUUGGCAAGAAAGCCUGCUGAUAGAUAUACUUGUGCUGAUGUACUCAAAAAUGAAUGGAUUCUUAUGCAUACUUCUCAUGAGUAUGAACAAUAAGCAGAUUCCGAACUUGAAAGAAGGAAUUCAUAUUAAACAAUGAAGAAAUCUCAUUAUAGCCAUUAUAACUCAGUCGAUGGAUCAUAACCUGAUUUUAAUAAUGAUUUCUCUUAUCAUACAAAUGAUUUAAAAUCUUUCUAUCAUCGUAAUAGUUAGAAAACAGUUAAAACCUAAAGAUCUAUUUAAUCAAUCAAAUCAAACAAUGAAAAAAUGAAACAAUCUAUGAGAAACAAAUCAGCUAAUAGCAAAUAGCAAUAGUUUACAAACUUUAAGAGUCAAACUCUCAAGAACAGAAAUAAAAGUGCCGUACAUUCGAAUACUGGUGAAGGAGGUGGAGAUUAAAAAAGUGUGAGAUGGGUUGAUAAGAAAAAUAAGAGUGAUGAGCCAUCCUUUGGAGAUAAAAAAGAAAACGAUUCGGUUAAGACUUCAAUUUCUCUUAAAGUUUUUGAAGACUUCGAAGCCAUUAAUUAAACAAAUGUAGCAUUUUUGAAGAUGUCUCCUAUGUUGUUUAAUCUAUAGAAGAAACCAGAUUCUGAUGCCAAAAUCAAUGAAGCUAUUAAAAAGAAAAAGUAAUAAGCCACUCAGUUUAUGAGAGCAAAAUGAUAUAAUACAUUUAAUCAUUAUUUU